AUGGCCUGGACGGUGGUGUUUGUCGGUGGCGGGUUGAGUGGGACUCGCUGUGCAGAAGCCGUUUCCUCCGUCGGCCGAGCAGCUGUUGAAUCUUCCCAAUGCUGUGUGAUCUGCAGUGUCCUCUUGGUGCUUACAGCUUGCCUUUUAGCUUUUAGCGUUAGCUUACCAUCAGCUCAUCAGGAUCCGGCACGGCAUGAGCACUCAGUGGAAGAGGAAGUGCUGACGAAGCCGAAACGGAACAACUCUUCCUCGGUUACAAAUUGGGGAGUUCUUUGCAUUUUUAUCGCUGCCGUCGAAUACACCGGGGUGGAAGUUGCAACUUCCAUGCUGUUGGAAACGCAGUUCGCCUGGCCUGUAGAUUCCAUCAGCGCCGGUGUGGAUGCAGUUUUUGCAUUGGCAACCAUAGGCAGUCUGGUGCUUUUGGCCCUGCGCAGCAGUGGCUUGCUAAGUGAUCGGCAGAUGCUUUAUGGAAUGGGCUUGAUUGCCCUGGUUGCCAGCUUUGUCUUUUUUGACUUUACGAGGGGUCCGUUGGCCCUUCUCACAGCCGCUGUUGCGAUUUACACAUGUGUGCUCUGUGCUGUGGGGAUUGCUGAAGGAUUACGUAACCUUCCUGCAGAUUACACCCAACGGCUUGCAAGCCACAGAGAAGCUCGUUUUCUACAUGUACAUCGCCGAUUCUCUGGUCAAAGCCACAGCGCCACCGAUUGCUCGAUGGAUUCUUGGCACCCACGGCCGGAACGUCUACGCAUUGUACCAGGUCACCCUGCUAUUGCUGAACGGUUUCACAACUUUGAAAAUCGUGUAAAUUCGGUGCACACCUCUCCGAUGGAAAGCCCGUGCAGCGAUCUUCUUCGAGCAUGCCUGCAGGUCGCCAAGGUCACUUGGGUCCCGGCAAUUAUCGGCAGUUGCUGA